UCUCACAUUAGCAAGAAACCGUAUGAGUGUGAAUUGUGAUGCAAGCCUUUUCUCGUGAGUGUAACGUGAAAAUCCGCACGAGAAACUCACACCGGCGAGAAAUCGUAUUAGCGUGACGGGUGUGGUGCAAGAUUUUCACAGUUAGGUAGCAGGGAAGCCUACGUGACAACUCUCACGGGAGAGAAACCAUAUAAAUGUGAACUAUGUAACGCAAGUUUUUCACUGAUAUGUAAAAUGAAAAUCCACAUGCGAACACACACGGGAGAGAAACCAUAUAAAUGUAAACUGUGUGAUGCAAGUUUUUCGCAGUUACGUUACAUAAAAACCCAUAUGAGAACCCACACGGGAGAGAAACCAUAUAAAUGUGAACUGUGUGACGCAAGAUUUUCGCAGUUAGGUGGUAUGAAAAUCCACUUGAGAACACACACGGGAGAGAAACCAUAUAAAUGUGAACGGUGUGAUGCACGCUUUUCACGGAUAGAUAGCAUGAAAAUCCACAUGAGAACUCACACAGGAGAGAAAUUGUAUAAAUGUGAACUGUGUGAUGCAAGUUUUUCACACAAAUAUUACGUGGAAAUCCACUUGAGAACACACACGGGAGAGAAACCAUAUAAAUGUGAACUAUGUGACGCAAGAUUUCGACAGAAAUGUUACGUGAAAAUCCACAUGAGAACUCACACAGGAGAGAAAUUGUAUAAAUGCGACCUGUGUGACACAAGAUUUUCACUGAGUGGUAGUUUGAAGACACACAUGAGAAUGCAUACGGGAGAGAAACCAUAUAAAUGCGACCUGUGUGAUGCAAGUUUUUCAGUAAUGGGUCACAUAAAAACCCAUCUGAGAACCCACACGAGAGAGAAACCAUAUAAAUGUGAACUGUGUGACGCAAGAUUUCCACAGAAAUGUUACGUGAAAAUCCACAUGAGAACCCACACAGGGGAGAAACCAUAUAAAUGCGACCUGUGUGACGCAAGAUUUUCACAGAGAUCCUAUGUGAAAAUCCACAUGAGAACCCACACAGGUGAGAAACCAUAUGAAUGCGAACUGUGUGAGGCAAGAUUUUCACAAAAAGGCCAGUUGAAAAGGCACAUGAAAACACACGCAGGCGAGAAACCGUAUAAGCGUGUCGCGAGCGAUGCAGCCUUCGCCAGAACACGUCGUCCGAAUGACUCGACUCAACAGCAUCAAACUGACGAGAGAUUAGACAAGAGGUUAAUCGUACGACUGCGGCGUCUCUCUGAUGUAACUACUGUAAGUCAGUGAGGUGUAUGAACCCAGACUGCGAUGCGGUCGGCAGAUCAUACAGCGAGAGAGACACCGUAUGAAGCUGAACGUUAGCUGUGUUCACCUACCCUCUUCAUACGUAGUAGAAACAGCUCCUCCACGUGCUCUCUCCUCUCCUCUACGGGAAAUUCUAGAAGUAUUUCUUCUCCGGAAGAAGCCGCGAACAUUUUUCGAUCAUUCUAGCGGUGCAUUCGUCGGCCGUACGUUUUCCCGCGGCGGGAUGUAAGCGAAAGCCGACGGUGCGGGAGGGAAAGCAAUAACUAACUGUAGUCUGUGAUGGCCGGCGCUGUUUAUUCAAAACGAAGUAACUUGAUGUCGCACUCGCGACGCCGCGUGAAUGUAAAUUUGUGUCGUAUUUUUGUUUUGCUAAUUGCAAGCGGUGCUAUGAAGCAGCUCUCUUGGGUACAACAGAGUACAGCAAGUCAGGGGCGUAGCUAGCCCUUCAAAGAUGUGUAGCCACUAGGCAGAACUGAAAAACGGGCGAGGGGUAUGGCGGUUCUCCCCCAGAAAAUCUUGAAAAUGUAGACCGCAGGAGAUGGUAUUUGAGGUACUUUUGAGUAUAUGUACACAGCAUUCUGACUAGGACAAUUCUAUUUUUAGUAGAACAAUUCUUGCGCUUGCAGCGCGGCCGGCAUUGAUUGAUUGAUUGAUUGAUGUACAGUGGGGGGGAGGUGCAUUGUUUAGGUCGCGUUUAUUAUUGAAUAUGUAGGGAGUGACCACUGCUGGGAUGAGGGCGAAAGCAACUCUUUCUCGGAAUUGUGAAAAAA